UCUCAGAAUUUUUCUACGGUAACAUUGGAUAUUUUGAGAACGCAGAGCGAAGCGACUUGCUUUCUUGCCACUUCUAAUUUUUUCAACGUUAAAGAUUUGUAUCGUUACGUCGUAGAUUUGUGGCAAUGAUCUCAAGAACCCGACCGUGGAACAGUGUAGACGUGCUGGGCGAAGACGGACUGUUUCGUUAUGGACGCGUGGUGGAUGUGGCGGACCACGGGCCCUUUAUCGACUUCUUCUGCCCCGGACGCCGACGAGAAUUCAUCCCUUUUGAGGGAGUAUUCCUGAAUGAUGAUGGGCGAUACAUGGACAAGAAAGACCGGGCCCGCACCAAUCCUCCGCCUGAACUGCCCGCAGAAGUCUUGGUGCGCGACUGUGCAUCGGGUGCGUGGACGUGGUUCCCCGCGCAGCUAGUCAUGAGAGAAGUCGACAUCGCGCAUUCCAUAUACGCCGUGGCUGUUAUACAGCACGGGAAUCCCGAGAAGUGUGCAGUUCUGGUCCCAAUGUCCCGUAUCCGCUGGAAAAAGGAGGGCAGUGCGCUGCAAACCCUUGUUGAUGCCGAAGUCGGGAAUCUUCCAAAAUACGUGGCGAAGGGGACGUUCGUCAAGCGCGCUCUACAGCUACCGGAAAGUUGUCCCAUACAUUUAUUGACAGCAGCACUGAAGCAGCAGAAAAGUGGAAUGAAUUAUCAGCACUGGUAUGCUGCCCAAGCCGGAUGUGUGGACAUUGCGGACGGCUGCGUGGUGUACAUUCAGCGUCGAUGCGCUGUUGAAAUGCAGCCCGACAGUGUGCAUUUGACUAAGGAACUGGAAAAUCUGAGCAAGUUUCACAGCGCGUUGAUUGAUACUGUUUCACAAAUCUCGGAACCGUUAGUCCAGAUUUCAGCAGUGAAGGAAGUCGCUUUUUUGCCGACGGAAUUGUGGACGGAAGUCUUCUCACACCUGGACACGAUAGCGCAGACCAAACUGCGCCCUGUCUGCGCAACUUGGAAUUCUCUUCUGGAUUCGGCUUUACUGAAGGCAGAUACUUUGCUCGACAGCGCGGCACUCACCUCGUCGAAACUGUGCGGACUUGGUCGGGCCUAUUUUAUGAUCGCAGCUCUCUUCAAGCAUCUUUCCCCAUCCACGCGCCACAUUAUCAUCGCAGAUCGAAAACAGUGGUUGCCGCAUAGAGACAUUAUGAAAGUGCUCAAAAUUCUGAACUUUAUUACACUGCGCAGUGCUGGCGUCCGGUUGAAGGCCAUCUUCCUCGUCGGACUGAAGAUGUAUCUGCGGAGCAGCCCGUAUGAGCACCAACAAGGAACUCAAUGCCAGCAUCAUCAACACCUUUCUGCUAACGCCAGCAAUCCUUGCCCGCUUUCCAGCCUCCCCCACGGGAAUUUUCCGUGCGAUGAUAUCUACUUAAUACGUUGCCGUAUCACUGUGGAAUACACGAGUCGAUUGAAGCUGGAGACGAAAUUUACGAAGAGUCGACAGCGUAUUACGGGACGUUUAGACUACGCGCUGUGGAACGCCAUGGAAGCGGGGUUGUCAGCGCCCAGUGGCACGGAAUUGCGUCGCUUAUCUAACUGGUUAAAAUUCCUAUAUAUAAGAUUAGAUCCAGCGUUCAAUGGGAAUUCGAUGAUCCGCAAGAUACUGUGUGUGACGCAGACGGCGGAUCCGCGUCCCCCGCUGCAUUACCGCGGGAAGAAGUGGUGCGUGAACGGUCUGAAGGGUUUGAAAGUGGAGAAACUGUCGCGUAUGGCCCUGCAUUUCCUUAUCCAACUAAUGAAUAACUGGCCUUUCUAAGUGUUCCAGAUCCUUGCUAAACCGAGAUUUGUUUUCUUAAUUUUUUGCGGAUUUUUUUGUUAACUCAUUGUUCACUUUGUUACGAACUUAUUACUAACAUUAUCUGUUAAUUUUUAAUAAAUUUUUUGAUUUCAUCCCCGUCUCAGGAAAGAAUGCUUGCG